AUGGCACAGCUCUCCUUCAUCCGACAUUCAUGGACCCGUUGGAGUGCCUUGUCUUCACACGGACGCUCCCUAUUAUCACCAAUCACGUCCACCGUCCUCGCUCGUGGAAUCGCUUAUCCAUCACAUGUAAAUGCACCCGGUCGCCCUCUUCUGAACAUCCGCCACCAUCAUUUGUGUCGACAUCAACAAUCUCUGGAAAAGCACCUCAACACAAACGGGAUGUGCGGUACCUCAACUAACGUCCCUGAUGGCAGACAAGUCUUGCCUACUAAUGUCAAACCUCAACAUUAUAAAUUAAGUUUGGAACCUCUAUUUGAUACUUCCAAAUUCAACGGUGAUGUCACUAUUGAUUUAGAUGUCCAAGAAUCUUCAGAUAGUAUCACUUUACACACCCUUGAGUUGGAGCUACUUGACUAUUAUCUAAUUAAAGACGGGGAAAAUAUCAAACCAACCGAGCUUUCUACCAAUGAAGAUGAUCAAACUACAACUUUCAAAUUCAACCAAACAUUCGAUGCAAACUCUAAAGUUCAACUUUACAUCAAAUUCAUUGGUGAAUUGAACGACAAAAUGGCAGGUUUCUAUAAAUCCACAUAUGAGGAAAACGGUGAAACCAAGUAUCUUGCGACCACCCAAAUGGAACCAACUGACUGUAGAAGAGCAUUUCCUUCAUUUGACGAACCAAACUUGAAGGCAAAGUUCACUAUUUCUUUAGUCGGUGAUAAGAAAUUGACCUAUUUAUCCAAUAUGGAUGUUAAGUCUGAGGAAGAUAUCUCGGAAACCAAAAAAGUUGUCCACUUCAAUACCACUCCUUAUAUGUCAACCUAUUUAGUUGCAUUCAUUGUUGGUGACUUGAGAUACAUUGAGUCAGAAUACAAAUUUAGGGAUGUCCCUGUCAGGGUUUACACUACUCCAGGUUUCGAGGAAAAGGGUAGAUAUUCUUGUGAAUUAGCAGCAAAGGCUCUAGAGUACUACGAACAAGUUUUUGAUAUCAAGUAUCCUUUACCAAAGAUGGAUAUGGUGGGUAUCCACGAUUUCUCUGCGGGUGCCAUGGAAAACUGGGGUUUGGUUACUUACAGAAUGGUGGACUUAUUAUUUGACGAAUCUUCCACUCUUGCAACUAAGUUGAGGGUCUCUGAAGUCGUGGCGCAUGAAUUAGCACAUCAAUGGUUCGGCAAUUUCUGUACAAUGGAUUUCUGGGACUCUUUAUGGUUAAAUGAGUCCUUUGCAACUUACAUGUCCUGGAAAUGUUGUAAUCACUUUGAAAGUGAGUGGAAAGUUUGGGAGAACUUUGUUGGCGAUUCCCUUCAAUCCGCUUUAUCUUUAGAUGCCUUGAGAUCUUCUCAUCCAAUUGAGGUCCCUGUCAAGAGAGCCGAUGAAAUUAACCAAAUUUUCGAUGCAAUUUCGUACGAGAAGGGUUCUUCUGUUUUACGGAUGUUGGCCAAUUGGUUAGGUGAAGAGACUUUCAUUAAGGGUGUCUCUCACUAUCUAAAGAAACACGCAUAUGGUAAUGCGAAAACUGAAGCAUUGUGGGACUCUUUGUCUGAGGUUUCUGGUAAAGAUGUUGCCUCAACUAUGAAGGUUUGGACCACUAAAGUUGGUUACCCAUUGGUCAAGGUUAAUGAAACCAAUGAUAAGGUUGUGGUCAACCAACACAGAUAUUUGACUACUGGUGAUGUCAAGCCAGAAGACGAUCAAACUAUUUAUCCAAUCUUCCUUGGUUUAAAGACCGAUAAGGGCUUAGAUGAAUCAAUCACUUUCAAUGAAAGAGAGAAAUCUCUUGAUGUCUCGCCUCAAGGCUUUUUUAAAAUCAAUGGUAAUUCCACUGGUGUCUACAGAGUUGCUUAUGAAGACAAGAGAUGGGAACGUUUAGGUAAGGAAUCCUCUAAAUUGUCGGUUGAAGAUAGAAUUGGUUUAGUCGCUGAUGCAGGUGCAUUAUCUGUCUCUGGUUUCUCCAAGACUACAAACUUGCUAUCACUAGUCUCUGGUUGGAAAGAGGAAAACUCCUUUUUUGUUUGGGAUGAAAUUAUCGCAAGGGUUGGUGUUAUCAAAUCCGCAUGGAUCUUUGAAGACAGCGAGGUCAAGGACGCUUUGAAAGCUUUAACUGCUGACUUGGUUACUAAAAAGUGUCACGAAACUGGUUGGAGCUUCUCCCCAGAAGAGCCAUUCUUGGAGCAGAGACUAAAGGCAUUAUUAUUUGGUGCAGCUGUUUCCUCAGGUGAUGAAAAGACCACUGCAUUUACCAGAGAAGCCUUUGAAAAAUACAUCAAGGGUGAUAAAGACGCCAUUUCACCAAAUAUUAGAGCAUCUAUUUUCAACUCAAUUGCGUCAAAGGGUGGUGAAGCCGAAUAUGAAGCUCUGUUGAACAUUUACAAGAACCCACAGUCUAUUGACGAAAAAAUUACCGCUUUAAGAGCACUUGGUAGGUUUGAAAAUGUUGAAAUUUUGAAGAAAGUCUUAGCAUUAACAAUGGAUGGUAGCGUUAGACCGCAAGAUAUCUAUAUUCCACUACAGGGUAUGAGGGCAAGUGCUAUCGGUAUUAAAACUCUUUUCGGCUGGUUGAAGAAUAAUUGGGAUGAAAUUCAGAAGAUGCUACCGCCAGGAUUGACUAUGUUAAGUUCUGUCGUUAAAGUUUGUACAUCUGGUUUCACUUCCAUGGAGCAAUACCAUGAAGUUGAAGACUUCUUCAAGGAUAAAGACACUAAGGGCUACGAUAAGAGUUUAGCACAAUCCCUUGAAGUCAUAAAGGGUAAUGCUAACUGGGUUGCUAGAGAUGGCAAUGAUGUUAAGCAAUGGCUAAAGUCCCACGGUUACUUAAAAUAG